GCGAUACGUACUUUGGCCAUAGCUCGUACACACAACACAUCGUCGAACUGAUGGCGAAAUUUGGCGCGUCUUAAUCUACAUUACACUAAAAAAAGAUUAUUUUCGUUGACUUAACUUUAACAGUGUGUAUCAGGAAGUUUGCAAAGUUAUAUAAAACGUUUUCAUCAGUGUUCACACCAAAAGAAGACCAUCAGUGCUUGCGUGUGCUUCACCGACCGUUUGUGUACGUAGAUAUUUUCUGUGUGUUUGCCCUUUGACACGUCAAGCUAAACGGUAGCUUUAGCUCUUUAAGAGCUCUUAUUGGAUUUCCUCUUUACAUGGUGCUUUUCUGGAUGUUGCCAUGUGAGGAGAGUCAGAGAUCAAGUGGAUAUUGGUAAAGGAGUUGGUUGUCGAUCCUCAACCUUACCAACGGUGAGGUAGGAUCUUUCACGAUGAAUGGUGAAAUCCCUACAAUCCCAAUCAUCAGCCUCGCAGGCAUCGCAAGCCUCAGUGACUUGCUACCUGAGAUGCCAUUGCCAGUGCCUCUGGCCUCCACACAAGCCAGUCGUUCAUUGCUGUUCCAUCCACGAGUUGCUGAGGAAGCUCACCGACUCUUGUCCACUCAUGAUGAUGCCUUGGCAGCUCAACUUCAGCAUGCACUCACCACAACUUCUUACAAUCCCCAGCACAUUAUUCUGAGAGAUCAACGCUAUGAGAAUUUUAACCACCCAGAAAUCUCACAACCACAACCUGAGUUGCUGGGUGCAAUUCUGCAGAGGAAUCCUCAUGUAUUUCGCCAACAACAACAGCAGCAUCCGCAGCCAUGGAACAGCAAUCAGAGCACGGUGCAUCCUCAUCAUCAACAGCAGCAGCAAGCCAUGAUGUACAAUUCUCAGCAACAAAUUGGAUAUGCAUCACCUGCUACUCACGUCGGGGCUUACACGCCAAGUGGAAAUUCUGUUCAGGGAUAUGCCCCUCAGCAAAGUCCUGCCCCAGGGUUACCUGCACAAGCUGCCAUGAACUACGUUCCACAAGGGAGUCCAUAUUCCACGCAGACGAAGCUUUUGGCUGCGCAAAACAAUGUUUAUCCCCAACAACCACAGCAAGGCUACAAUAGCCCUAGCUGGGGGUACGAAAAACCUGUACAGACUCCAGUACCAGCCCAGCAGCAAUACCAGCAGCAACAAGCCCAGCAGCAUUAUCCGCAACAGCAUCACCCCCAACAACCGCAAGCAACACACCCUGCCAUGGCUCUUGUAGAGCCGCAACCACCACAACAUAAUCAGCCCCAACAGAUUCCUCAGCAGCAAAUUCAACAACAAUCGCAGCAUCCAUCCCCACAGCAAGCUGCCCAACCCCAGUUGCCGUUUUACAACCAUCAAGAGUAUCCGAAUACGAUAGCUUCUACGCAUUCACACGAACGGGAUGAAACUGAAAAACCAGUGUUCCAACGCCAACCUGCCGUACCUCAACAACCCGCGCAUAACCAUCAGUAUGUCGAGUCCGUCAAAACGGAACCCGUCGCCACAUCGUCUACAAACAAUUCAUCUCAACAAAACCAUCGUAUGUCGAGGAAACAUAAUAGUGGGCGACCGUCCUAUAAAGAAGACUCUGAUUCCGAUGGCGGAGCUGUUAAACCAAUGGAACCAAUUAAAGAGGAAAAACCAGUUCAAGAAGAGACGAAGCCGAAAGUGAAAGUGCGAAAAGAAGAAACGCCUCGCAAACGAAAAUCCACCGGUGAGGUCGUAACAGGCAACGAUGAAGUGGCACCAGCACCGAAAAAAAAAUUUAAACGACUGGAACGCAAGAUAACCCAUGAUGAGGCAAAAUUGAGUGCCGAGGAGCUCAUGGAAACGAAUACCUUCCAGAGGUUCACGCGCUUAGUUGAGCACAUAUUUGAUGCAACGGAAGAUGCUGAUCUGAACGCCCCGGCGGAUCUGGACAACGACACCGAUAUGCCUCAAGAGGCCAUGAUUCCUAAGCAGCAGCUCCAUGAUUUGUGCGCCGAAGCGGCAAAACUGAAGUCCAUUGGUGCCAUGUCCGCCGUUCCACCCGAAAGACUAGUUCGGUUACUCAACUUGCUUGAAAAGAACAUACGUGAUGGAGCCAAAAUUUCCUUGCUUGGAGACCCAGAUGAGGACGAAGAGGAGAGCAAAUUAUGGACGGAGUUAUCUUCUGAGCGUGUCCUACGAGCUGUUGAGGCGGCGCUGGCAGCCCUUCAUAUCCUUACAGCACAGAACAUGCCAAAGAGAGCCUACCUCGAAGAUGUCAUUGAGAGGAUUGUACAGCUGGCUAGAUUCCAAUUGCAGCAUUCAAUCUAUCCGGCAUAUGAUCCAGUUUACAGGACUGAGUCGAAGAAGGAUGUCAUGAGUUCAGGUGGCAGUUCAAAAAAGAAAAGGGCACAUGUGCGAGAAGUGCGUGAUAAAACCGUCCUCUUGGUUUAUCAUAAAAUGGUUGUACUAGUCGGCUUGAUGGCUGAAUUAUUGGCAGUCCAAACGCUAACCGAUACGGCUGUGCUCCAUCUUUCAACCGUAGGCGUUGCGCCCUUUUUCGUCGAGAAUAUCCCCGAGUUACAGUUAUCUUCUCUGAGACUGGUGACGACAAUCUUCAGUCGCUACGACAAACAUAGACGGCUCUUACUCGACGAUAUUCUGGCUUCGAUCGCCCGCCUGCCCUCCUCUAAGCGAGGACUUCGCACUUUCCGCCUUAGCGCUGAUCAGCACAUACAGAUGCUCACUGCCUUAGUCCUUCAACUCAUUCAAUGUGUCCUAUGCCUCCCAGAGAAGCUUGGGGCUCCGCCGGGUACAGCCGUUCAGGCUGAUGACACGGACAGCUCUGUCUUGACGAUGGAUCCGGAAGUAGUGGUGGCUACAAGGUAUGACACUGCGGUCCGGACAGCUGCCAAUUUUCUGUCGGUCUUCCUCGGCAAGUGUGGAGUUAAAAAUAACGAGGAAGUCGAUUACCGUCCGCUCUUUGAAAAUUUCGUUCAGGAUCUGCUGAGCACCGUAAACAAGCCUGAGUGGCCGGCCGCCGAGCUUUUGUUGUCGCUGCUGGGCAAACUUUUGGUGCAAAACUUUAGCAACAAAAAUGUCGAUGUUUUGUUACGAGUCGCAUCACUGGAGUACCUCGGCGUGGUUGCCGCCCGCCUUAGAAAAGAUGCCGUUACUUCUCAACUUCGAACGGAUACGAUCGAUCAACUCCUAAAGCAGGUCCGAGAAGAUGAAACAAAUAAUGCGGUGGAAGAAUUCAAAUCCAAAAAACAUAAAAAGAAGAAAAAGAGUGGCGACAGAGAGCACGAGAAAGAAAAUCUUCCAGCAGACAAAACCGAGAUUCUUCAGACAUUGUUGCUUGAUUAUCUUGCUGUAAACUCUCAAUGUGAUCCCGCUAUGCUUCACGCUCGACAUUUCUACGUCGCCCAAUGGUAUAUAGAUACCAAAUCCAGCGUGACAAAAAGAGCCAUUUCGUCUGACAAUGUACCCGAUGCGGGUCACGAAGAACGACCGCAAAACAAAGAAACGCCAAAGAAAAAGAAAAAGAAGAAAAAACGAAACCACUUUUCAUCGUCAUCGUCGUCUUCCUCUUCUUCGUCUUCUGAGGACGACAACGACGAUGCUAAAAAGCCUGAUCCUGAAACUGCUGGCGCCGAUUGCAAUAAUCACAAUCGAUCGAUGGAGAUGAUGGACCGAAGAAAGAAGCUACUGCUUUCGAAAAUCAAUCCUUUCCCAGAGGCAGCCCCUGGUACGAGAACACAGGUCUUAACCACGCCACUUGAUGCCGAGAGCUCGGAACUUAUCACGCGCUUUUUGGCGUCGAAAAGGCCGUUCUCUCAGAGCUUCGAUUCGUACCUCAAGCAUAUUUUAAAGGUGUUGACGGAACCGGCCAUCGCUGUGCGAGCCAAGGCCAUGAAAUGCCUAACUCAGAUUGUCGAAUCUGAUCCAGUCGUCCUUGCUCGUACAGAUAUGCAACUUGGUGUUCAUCAUUCUUUCUUGGACCAGAGUACGGCUGUCAGAGAAGCUGCCGUCGACUUAGUUGGGAAGUUCGUCUUGUCUCGACCAGAGCUGAUAGACAAGUAUUACACUAUGCUGUCUGCUCGUAUUCUGGACACUGGAGUUAGCGUUCGCAAACGAGUUAUUAAGAUCAUGAAAGACAUCUGCACCGAAUGUCCUGAUUUCCCUAAAAUUCCAGAAAUCUGCGUUAAAAUGAUCAGGCGAGUAAAUGACGAAGAAGGUGGCAUCAAGAAACUUGUAAUGGAGGUCUUCCAAGCCAUGUGGUUUAGUCCAGUCAGAGAGAAACCGACACUGGAUUUCAAUGCAUUGAUGAGAAAGGUCAUGAACAUUACUGAUGUGGUAGCCGCCUGCAGAGAUACUGGCUUAGAUUGGCUGGAACAACUUCUUCAACAAAUGUUUCGACCGAAAGAGGACAAAGACGACGCGGCGAAAGCAAACGUCGAACCUUCCAAAGCUCUCUUGACGGCCUGUCAACAGAUUGUUGAUUGCUUAGUCGAAAAUAUCCUUCGUCUUGAAGAAGCAUCCCUUGCUCGUGUGUCCCAUUCUGCAGCUCCGGCGGAUGGUAAAAGUGCAAAUGGUGGAGAAACAAAAGGAGCCUCUCAGCGAUUGGUUGCCUGUAUGACGACAUUGUAUCUGUUCGCGAAAAUACGACCCCUUUUGUUGGUACCGCACGCCAUGACCCUUCAACCUUACCUGAGCCUUCGCUGUAGAACGCAAGGCGACUAUCAAAUUAUCAGCGAUGUUGCGCGCACGUUGGAAGUAGUGGUUCCGUUGCUCGAACAUCCGAGUGAGUCUUUCCUUGCCCAGCUCGAAGAAGAUGCCGUCAAGUUGAUUUUGCAACACGAGAAAGCCGUAGUGGCUGCUUGUCUUUCGUGCCUGGGUUCAGUUGUCAAUCACGUGACACGAAAUUUUAAGCUCAUCCGAGAUUGCUUCCGAAAAUACUUUGGGCCACUAACCGAGUACAAGUUGAUGCACGAAAGAGAUCCAGAUAAUCCACGACUCGUCCAACAUCGGCCUUUCUUCCGAAGAGCACUUUUCACCGUAGGAUUAUUGCUCAGACAUUUCGAUUUUACGGACGAAGAGGUGCGCUUUGGUUUACCUGACUCGACCAAACAACAAGUAAUGGAAAUACUUCUUUACUUCGUGUGCCAAAACUGUACUGAUAUGCAGUUCUUCACCCUUCAGGCCAUUGGCUCUGUCUGCAUUAGACACUAUGAUUUCAUGUUGGGAGAAUCCCUAAAAUCGGUUUAUCUUAACCGGCUGUUGGAGCCGUCCGUUCCGUUGCGACUAAAAGUUCAAGUGUUAAACAACAUCGAAACCUACCUUCAAGAAGAGGAAAUUCGAAUGAUCAAAGAAGACCAACAGUGGUCUAAGACGUCAAAGAAGGAAAACUUAAAGGAGAUGGGAGACGUAACCUCGGGAAUGGCCAGCACUGUUAUUCAAUUGUAUCUGAAGCCCAUCUUGGAUUGCUUCAUCCACUCUUCAUCAAGUGUUCGACAAUCAGCCUUCAGAGUGACACAAUUGAUCCUUCAGCAAGGCCUGGUUCAUCCGGUGCAAAUCGUCCCGUAUUUGAUAUGCAUUAGUACGGAUGCAGAGCGGGUAUCCCUUGCAGCAGACAAACAGCUGCAAGAAAUUGAAAAGAAAUAUCCAGGGUUCAUUCACAUGAAAGCGUUGCAAGGCAUCAGACUCUCUUAUCAGUUACAGUCACUCAUCGAAAGCGCUCCCAAAGAGAAUUCACCUGUCCAAUCAGCUUCGAAGAGCACAGCGGAAACUCCUAAUAAGAAAAGCGGUACCAAGUGUUCUGUGGCUAGUGCAAUACAAGAAAGCCAAGGAAUAGCUCGUGGUUUCCGACUCAAGGAAGGAGAACAUCCCUCUGCUCUCAAUGGUUUUCUCUAUUCUCUUCUUCGUGGUACAAAACAGCAGCGAAGAGCUCUUGUACUUUCCAUGCUCAAGCAGUUCGAUGAAACUUCGAAGAAUCCUCUUGCACAGCUCCUUUAUCUGGCAGACAAUUUAGCUUCCUUUCCGUACCAGGUGAUUGACGAACCACUGUUCCUGAUUCAUCACAUUGACAUUAUGGUGUCGGUGACCGGGUCUAACCUCUUGCAAGGAUUCCGAGAAUCCCUGCUCCCUAGUGCUGUUCCUACUAGUCCGGAGGAGGAAGAAGACGAUGAGGACAUUGAGUCUCUCGUGCAACGACUUCCUCCAGACACAAGACCUUUCGAAGAGUUCUUGACAGCUGCACAGGGUUGCCUGCUCCUUCUCAUGCUAAAGCAACAUUUAAAGGACCAAUACGGCCUGACAGAUGCCAAAAUUACCCAGUAUUCGCCGUCAGAAGGAGCAAAAAUUUACGAGAAGAACGCACCGAGGAAAGCGGUUACCAUAUUUAUGCCUAGGCCAACACUACAUGCAUUAAAAGAAAACCUUGGAUUAACUGGUUAUGUGGAAGUAUCGAGUAAGCAGUCUCUAGUGGAAAAGUAUAUCGAGUUCAAGCAGCUCAUGCUCAAAAUUGAUCCUGCCGAAGAAGACGAAGAAGAGAGACUGGCUUCUGCCAUGCGAACGUAUCAAGUUACUGAAUCGCCUGUCCCGACGGACGUGCCAAUUGGAGUCCCCGCCUUCGGAGCAGCACCGGCGUUAGCGCCGAGUGCACCGAUAAUGGGAGCGCCUACAACACCAAUGAAAACACCUCGAUCGAAGUCAGUAAAAACUCCAAGAUCACCUAGGGGCGAGAAAAGCAGUAGCAGUAAGAAGAAAUCCCAUAAGAAACGAAAGCGGAAAAUUGAGAGCGACGAAAGCAGCGACGACUCGGAUUGCGAUCCGGACUUCAGAGCUUGAAUACCUGAUAAUGCUAACCGAACUUUCUCCGAGACAGUUUCAAUUUGGGAAAGGUAAUACUGACCCGAAUUGUCACAAUGACAUACGAGAGUUAGACAACAGUUCCACGGCUCGAUUUCUAAAAUACUCUGUACCAGACACUGUCGACUGUAGCAGUCGGUCGGUAUUCAAUCUAAGGAGAAAUAAUUUGUACAGUUUUUGCAGGGCUUAUUUCUCAUUUCGCGAUCUUUCCUGCAUAGCGAACGACAAAACUAGUGCUAUACAUAUAUAUAUCUACGCAUACCAGAGAGGGAUUGAGUUAAGUAGUUACAAAACUUCACUUUGAAAUUCUGUUUUCUCGAGUUCAAGGUGUUCUCAUCUCUCGAUUCUACUGGACUCCCCUCGUUUACCCAGCUCUAGUUCACCCGCUUCAUCUCGCGCCUGAAUAAAUGAGGAAUCAAAUUAUUUUCGCACAUGUUGAUGUAUGGCAAACGCGACGAAUUUGUAGCUGCCUGUGUUUGGUUGUACCUAGAACUAUUCCACCCACCCGCAAUCCUCUCGUUCCCGCCGCCACGCCCCCCACCACAGAUACACACCACAAUUUCUCUAAAGAGUUUAAUUUAUUAUUCGGCUGGUUCUCAGCUGCUAUAAUCCUCCUCUCCCAGCUUAGAUUACUCUCCGUUGAUCUAUGAUUGUUUAUUUAGUUUUUUUUUUCUUCCACUGAAAGAAAAUAUCCUUUUUUUUAUGUGUGUUUGUUUGUGUGUGUAACGGAAAAGUGCGUCGGAGGUGUAUUUGCGUGUAUGUAUGUAUGUGGGUGUGUACCGUAUUUUCUACUGUACCAUAAUUAUGGACGUACGAGUUUAUUGUAUUUGAAAUAUAAAUCGAGACAGUUUUGGAAGUA